AUGAUCAUAUUCUGAAAGCAGCAGCCAUAGCUAGCGCGUGUGUUUUUGUAUUUGUAUCGCGGUGCACCGUGGGCCGGGCGAAAGCCAAGAUGGCGGCAGCCGUGUUUGGCGAACGCGUUUCAAGUAUAUAUUCGGUUUAGAUCACAUAAAUGGCUCGAUUUAAACGCACAGUAAGUUCUUACACUGUGAUUUCCUAGUUCGCACAAUUCACCAACCAUUCAAUUGUUAUUGAAUGAUGUCCAUUUGACGAGACACGACACACAAGAUUCUUGGGAGGAAAAAAAGUGUCUCGUGCACUGUCAUAGUCAGCAUCUUCAACUACACAGUAAAGAUAAUUAUUCAUCGUCGGUGUUUCAUCGAGAUAUCGUGUUUACCUUCUUCUGUAAUCGCAAGGAGUUUAAAGGAAUCUUCUGUCAUGUCAACUAAAAGGGAUAAGGACGCAAUGAAUGAAGAUAGCAGCAGUGAUGAAGAUGAAGAUCCCGAUAACAUGGGUGUACCUGGUGGUGGUAAAGAUCUUGCCACUGCUACUGGAAUUGCAAAUAUUAAAGAUGAGAAGCCUGCAGAUGCACCAUCUAAUGUUAUGGCUAAAGGACAAGGAGCAUUAAAUAUGUUAAAUCAGAAGUUUGGUAAUAAAAUCCCUGGUGGAUUGGUAACUAAAACAGCAACACCUGGUUAUGAAAUGGUACGUGUAGGAGGAUCACAAGGUACACCACCUGGUUUUGUUAAUGCAAACCAAUUAGGUCAAUUAGGUCAAUUAGGUCAGUUAGCUGCUGCUGGUGGACCAUAUUUUCCACCAGGGUUAGCAACUCUUGCAGGUUUCAAUCCUGCAGCCUUUUUUCCACCAAACAUGGAUAUGAGCUUAAUGAGUGGUUUUAUGGGUAUGCCUGGAAUGAACAUGGGAGUUAAUCCUCUUGUACAAUUGUUAAACCAAAAUGGUUUACACCCAAAUUGGCCAGCUGGACUAUCAGGCAAAGGUAUGGCUCAAUUAUGGAUGAAUUCUGGAGAUCCUGCAAAAAUGAAUAUACAACCAACUAUACCAGAAGAAGAAGAAGUGGAUGAUGAAGAUAUGGGUGUUGCGGAAACAUAUUCUGAUUAUAUGCCAACCAAACUUAAGCUCGGACGAAAGCAUCCAGAUCCUGUCGUGGAAACCGCAUCAUUAUCUAGUGUUGAACCAACAGAUGUUUGGUACAAACUUUCGAUUCCUGAAGAAACGAUACGAACUGGAGCUUUAUCCGCGUUGCAACUUGAAUCAAUAACAUAUGCGUCCCAACAGCACGAACAUCUCUUACCAGAUAGUACGCGUGCUGGUUUUCUUAUCGGUGAUGGUGCAGGAGUCGGCAAAGGACGAACUAUAGCUGGAAUUAUAUUUGAAAAUUAUUUGAAAGGAAGAAAACGUGCUAUUUGGGUAUCAGUUUCAAAUGACCUUAAAUAUGAUGCUGAACGUGAUUUAAACGAUAUCGGUGCAUCAAAAAUUGAGGUUCAUGCUUUAAACAAAUUUAAGUACGCAAAAAUUUCGUCGGCAGUAAAUGGCAACGUAAAGAAAGGAGUAAUAUUUAGUACAUAUUCAGCUCUAAUUGGAGAAUCUUCUCAAAGUGGUGGAAAGUAUAAGAGUCGAUUGAAACAGCUUUUACAAUGGUGUGGUGAAGAUUUUGAUGGAUUAAUUAUUUUUGAUGAAUGUCAUCGGGCUAAAAAUUUAUGUCCUACAGGAAGUUCAAAACCUACAAAAACAGGUUUAACAGUCUUAGAGUUGCAGAAUAAGCUUCCCAAAGCUAGAGUAGUAUAUGCCAGUGCUACGGGUGCUUCUGAGCCCCGUAAUAUGGCCUAUAUGGUUCGAUUAGGUAUGUGGGGUGAAGGAACACCAUUUCCUGAAUUCAAUGAUUUUAUUACCGCUGUGGAAAAGCGUGGAGUUGGUGUAAUGGAAAUUGUAGCAAUGGACAUGAAACUUCGAGGCAUGUACAUCGCUCGACAACUUAGUUUUCAUGGUGUAGCUUUUAAAAUAGAAGAAGUACCAUUAUCCAAAGAAUUUACUGACAUCUAUGAUCGUUCCGUUCGUCUUUGGGUUGAAGCAAUGCAUAGGUUUCAAGAAUCAGCAGAAUUGUUAGAUGCUGAAAAUCGUAUGAAAAAAACUAUGUGGGGACAAUUCUGGUCAUCCCAUCAACGUUUCUUUAAAUAUCUGUGCAUUGCAGCUAAAGUGAAACAUGCUGUAGCAGUUGCACGAGAAGCCGUGAAAUGUGGAAAAUGCGUAGUUAUCGGUUUACAAUCUACUGGUGAAGCUCGUACGUUGGAACAAUUGGAACGCGAUGAUGGUGAAUUAAGCGAUUUCGUUUCCACUGCAAAAGGAGUGCUUCAAACAUUAGUAGAAAAACAUUUUCCAGCAUCAGAUCGUAAUCACAUACAACGAGUUCUUGGUAUUGAACCAUCGAAAAUGCAAAGAUUAGACGAUCUCGAUGAUAUUGAUGGUGCAGGUGGUUCUGCAAGUGGAAGUAAAAGAAAACCAAUACGACAGGCUGCUCAACGGGCUUCAAAAAGAGUUCGUACAUUUCCGUCUGAUGACGAUUUUACGGAUGACGAAAGAAAUGGUGGACAUAGUUCUGGCUCAGAAUAUAAGCAAAGUGGUAGUGAGAGCGAGGAUGAUCACAAGACCGAUGAGGAGAGCAAUAUCACUUCAGAUUCUUCUUUUAAUUACAGUGAAUCAGACUCUGAUUCAGGUGAUGGAAGGCGAAGGAAGAAGGGCGCUAAAAAACAAAAAAAACCAGUGAAGAAACAGCGGUAUAUAUUUCAUGUUCUUAAAAAUAUUUCCAAGUUAUAUAUAUUUAUAAAUUAUUUAGGUCCAAUGGGAGCUGGAACAACACGUAAUCGAGCACCAUCAAGAGAUGCCGUAGAACGUGCUUAUACUAUGAAGAAAGAAUUAUUAUCGCAAAUUGAAGAAUUGGGAGAACGAUUGCCACCAAAUACUUUAGAUCAAUUAAUCGAUGAGUUUGGUGGACCAGAAAAUGUGGCUGAAAUGACUGGCAGGAAAGGACGAGUUGUUCAAACAGAAGAUGGUACUAUUCAAUAUGAAUCCAGAUCUGAAGUGGAUGUACCAUUAGAAACUCUUAAUUUAACUGAGAAACAGAGAUUUAUGGAUGGUGAAAAAACAGUAGCUAUUAUCUCAGAAGCAGCUAGUAGUGGUAUAUCAUUACAAAGUGAUAGGCGAGCGAGAAAUCAGAUGCGACGUGUGCAUAUCACUCUUGAAUUACCAUGGAGCGCAGACAGAGCAAUACAGCAGUUCGGACGAACACAUCGUUCUAAUCAAGUAAAUGCGCCGGAAUACAUAUUUCUUAUUUCGGAUUUGGCUGGUGAACGACGAUUUGCAUCUAUUGUUGCAAAACGUCUUGAAAGUCUCGGAGCUCUCACGCAUGGUGAUAGAAGGGCUACAGAAACUAGAGAUCUCUCACAAUUCAAUAUUGAUAACAAAUAUGGUCGUGCAGCACUUGAAGCAACAAUGAGAACUAUAAUGAAAUAUGAACCACCGCUUGUACCACCACCACAAGAUUAUCAAGGAGACUUCUUUAAGGAUGUAGCUGACGCAUUAGUUGGUGUUGGUUUAAUUUGUAAUAGCGAGAGUACGCCAGGUGUACUUACAUUGGAUAAAGAUUAUAACAAUAUGUCAAAAUUUUUAAAUCGUAUUCUUGGUAUGCCAGUUGAUUUACAAAAUCGAUUAUUUAAAUAUUUCACUGAUACUUUAAACGCAAUUGUCACACAAGCAAAAAAAACUGGUCGUUUUGAUAUGGGUAUUCUUGAUCUUGGUACAUCUGGUGAGAAUGUAAAACGAGUUAAAUUGUAUCGUUUUCUGCGGAAACAUGCUACUGGAAAGGCACCAACUGAACUUCAUGUUGUUCAUGUCGAACGUGGAAUGAAUUGGGCUGAAUCGAUGGACAAAUGUUCUGAAUUAACAGGAUCCAAGGAAGGAUUCUAUUUGAGUCAUCAGAUUCGUAAUGGAAAGCAAACUGCAAUUCUUGCAGUUUUAGUGGAUACUGGAAAAAAGAAAUCUGAGAGUAAAAAAGAUCAACUAUAUAUGGUUUAUAGACCCAAUACAGGAUUACAAUUAAGACAAGAAACUCUAGGUGAAUUAGAGAAAAAAUAUAAGAAAGUAUCUUCAGAUGAAGCAGAACCACAUUGGUCACAACAAUACGAAGCAUCUGUAGAUACAUGUUCACACGCUUAUUGGCGUGGCAAUUGUAAAAAUGCAACUCUUGGUAUGGAUUGUGAGGUUGGACUUCGAAGACGUUCCUAUAAUGUAUUAUCAGGUUCGGUAUUAAGCGUAUGGAGUCGAGUUGAAAGCAUUCUUGCGACACGUUCUGCUCAUAAUACUAAAAUGCAAGUUGUACGCUUACGAACUGAUGAAGGUUUAAAAAUAGUUGGUACUCUUAUUCCGAAAUCAUGUAUGGAAAUAUUACGUCAAGAAUUAUCAUCUGAUGCUGAAAAUACUGAAGAACUUACAUUUUGAACAUUUCAUUAAUUCGCUUUUAUAGAACAGGACCAAAAGAAGCGAUUAAUAUGAAUAUAACAUGGACAAAUCCCUCUUCCUAAGUCUUGCGACAAAAUUCAGUAAAGAAGAGGGUGCAUUUGCAAAUGCACGGCAAA